GUCAGACAUCCUGAAGGAGUUCUACUCGGGAGUUCUGGAGGAGCUCUACUCAGCUCUACAGACCCUAGACACAAUCGAUGAAGCAUCAUCCUCCUCUUCCUCCUCCUCCUCCUCCUCCUCCUCUUUCUCCUCCUCCUCUCUACACAACCAGGAGGACAUGCUCAGUGAGACCUCCUCUUCUCUGCGGGCCUCGGAGAGAUUCAGUGAGACCUCCUCCUCCUCCUCCUCCUCCAGCUCUUCCUCCUCCACCUCCUCUUCCUCCUCCUCUGCUUCUCUGUGGAGAGUGGACACACUUGAUGAGAUCUCUUCCUCCUCUCUACGCAACGUGGCUACAUUGGUAGAGACGUUCUCCUCCAUUCUGCUAACCGUGGGCGCUCUCGAGGAGCCCACCAGCUCUGCUCUGCCGACCCUGGAUACCCUGGAGGAGCUGAAGGCGUCAGGAUUUGGCCGCCCGCCCCCACGCCACGGCUACGCCCUCCUCGCCUGGUACGUGAAGAGUUGCGUGGAUAACAACAUGAGGGCGCUCUGUGACCCCACAGAGUUCGAGUACGGUUUCCACGAGUUCAAAAACAGAGGCCGCGGCAGCAGCCGACUGCUCCCGAAACUGGACGGUCGUGACGGAUGCGUCUACUACACGCUGGGGAAUCUAAACUCGCGUCGCUACAAGGGAGCCGCCGACCUGCCUUACGAGGUGCGGAGGUACUACGACAAGCGCAACAAGCGGAGUAAUAUGGAUCGCCUGCUGGUGAAGUAUUGCAGCAAUCAGAACCUCAUCAAGGACGUCUACGCGUCGGCACACUACGAGAGCACACACACCUACCUGAUAGGCUCAGAUCUCAUUUCUGACCUCAGACAACAGAACAAUUCACAACAGAAUAUGUCAUACAGUCGUCUUUGGCAGUGGAUUGUGCUUCAUUCAAACAAGAGGAACAAUAUAAUUAUGUGAAAUACAUACUGUAUGUUUGUUAUGAA